AUGUACAAAUUUCGCAAUUUUUCUAGUCUUGGUAUUAAACUUACAAAACAUUUGCUUAAGCCAAAUCUAAAUCAGAAUAAAUGGAGGUGUAUGUCACAAAUAGAGAUGCCGCCUGAUGUAAAAUCAAUACCGCAGUUUACAAUACCUAAAGGAAUUCUUGGUCAGCCAACAUGUCACACGCAUCCUCACAUGAUAUCACAGGGACAUUUGACCUGUGGGAUAACUCAAAUGGAGUAUAAAGAGAGAAGAGACACAUUGGUCAGUAAAUUAAUAGCUGAAGUGAAUAAUAUUUACAAGACUCAUAUAAUUGUUAUACCAGGAGCCCGCAAGCAAUAUAUGUCUGACAAAAUCCCAUAUGUUUUUCGACAAAAUUCAGAUUUUUUCUACUUAACUGGGUGCAUGGAACCGUCAGCCAUUUUAAUGAUGGUGAAAACUGCACAAGCUGAUAGUUAUAAGAGUGUACUCUUUGUACAUGAAAAAGAUGCUCAUGCUGAGCUAUGGGAAGGACCUAGGAGUGGCUGUAGUAUAUCAACUCAACUGUUUGCAGUUGACGAAGCACGACCCGUCGAGAAUUUCAAUCAAUUUUUAACUAAAAUCACAUCACUAUCCAAGCCAGCAAUCCUCUGGUAUCACAACGAAAGUCCAGCCAACCCAGACAUCCAUGAUGACAUCCGUUCAGUCUUGCGAUAUGGACAAGUGGCUCUGGAAGAUCCACAGAAGGCUUUACAUCAAAUGAGGGUAGUGAAAUCCCCAGCUGAAGUGGAGUUAAUGAAGGAGGCUUGCUAUAUCGGCUCACAGUCUGUGAAUAUGGCAAUGGCGUGCACUAAACCUGGUAUGUCUGAACGUACAGUGGACGCCAUCCUAGAGUACACGUGUAGGCAGGCGGGCGCCGAACACAGCGCGUUCCCGCCCGUGGUGGCCGGCGGGCCGCGCGCCACGCACAUACACUACGUCGCCAAUAACCAGCUGCUCGACCAAACCGACAUGAUACUCGUUGACUCAGGUUGUCAACGAUGGAUGUACAAUUCGGACAUAUCGCGCACGUGGCCUGUCUCUGGAAAAUUCUCCAAGUACCACAGAAUACUGUAUGAGCUCGUGCUAACUGUACAGAAACGUUUAAUAGAAUUGGUUGGCGAACAGCGGCCGCCGUUGGAUCAAUUGUUUGAUCAAAUGUGCCGAUUACUUGGUACACACCUCCAACAAGAGGGUAUCCUGCCAAAGAACAUAGAUGGCAACGAGCUCAUUAAUCGCGCGUAUCGUCUAUGUCCGCACCACGUGUCGCACUACCUGGGGCUGGACGUGCACGACUCGCCGCUGGUACGGCGCAAAGUGCCCGUACGUGACGGCAUGGUGGUCACCGUGGAACCGGGAUUGUACAUAUCUCCGAACGAUAUAUCCGUCCCCGAAGAGUUCCGAGGAGUUGGCAUCAGAAUAGAGGACGACGUGCUCAUAACAGAUGGAGAUCCUGUGAUCCUCACGGAGGCCUGUGUGAAGGAGGUCGAUGAUAUUGAGGCGGUCGUGGGCAAGCAUAGUCUUUGA